AGUUAGAAACCGUCAGCAGCUCAGGAUGAAGGUCUGUCUCACUCUGAUCUGCCUCCUCUUCCUCAGGCUGCAGGAUGGAAACGCUGUGAGGAGGGAAACUGGAGUAGAAGGAGGAAACAUCACAGUUAAAUGUCCAUUUCUCCUCUCUGGAAGCAGGAAGUUUGUUUGUAAAAAUGUCUGUGAAGGAGAAAAUAUUCUGAUUGAAACAACCAACAACACAGCUGAGAAAGGAAGAUACAGUGUUAAAUAUGAAAGAAACAUCAUUAUAUUCAAGGAUUUUCUUUAUUUUACCAUCGAAGACCUGAAGAAGUCAGACUCAGGACGGUACAGGUGUCGCUUGGAUAGAACCUUUAUAACCAGAUAUGAUGAUUUUGAGCUGGUUGUGAAUGAAGGAACACCUGGUUCUGUUUCAGUGUUUACAACUUCAACAACUACAGAACCAAACAGAACUCUGCAAACUUUUACGACAUCAACAAUUCUCCCAACGUCCUUCAGAACAGCAUCAGUCCAGAGUUCCUCUCCUCCUUCUUCCUCUAAAACCAACCAGCCUCCUGCAGCUCCAGGUCUGCUACUUCUUGUGGUUCUGGUUCUGGUAAUCCUSAUCAUAACGUUGGCUGUGGGUCUGCUGAUUUUCUUUGAGAAGAAGCACUUUGGGCAAAAAAAUGGUCCUUUAGUGAAAACAGAAUAUUCUGACCCCACAAAGGUCAGUACUGUGUAUGAGGAGAUCAGACUGGAGGAGAGAGAAAACGAAACGCCUCCUCAGGAAAAAUCUCCAGUUUAUUCUCUGGUCAGAUCCUGUGAACCAGCUGAAAGCAGUGACCUGUACAGCCUCGCCGGCUGUCCAAAGAAYGACGUUGAAGUUGACGCUGUGGAUUACUCUGUGGUGCAUUUUGCUACAAACACCACCACUUCCUCCAACAGCGCCCCCUGUGGCCAUGCGGUUAAUGACACCUACUCAGCCGUGGGCUCUGCCAACCUGAGCGAUGAUUCGUCUGCUCUUUAUUCCAACGUGACUUGCUGUGGAUCGUCAGACAAUUUAUAUGAUUAGCWUUGAGCUAACAGAAGCAAAAACAACAACCAAUCAACAUUAAGCUGGCCACAUAUUCUCAGUUUGUAUGUCUAKAACUAUUAUUUUUAUCUAUUUCUAUGCAUCAUAAACUAASUGAAUUUGUAUAAACCAUAAAAGUUUUGUUUUAUUACAGGUUUUUAUGAUUUUUAGCUCCUUUUUUACAUUUAAUAAAAAUAUUUUUGA